AGCGAAUAAUAACACAGCUGUUAAUUGGUAACCUAUAAUUUUAGGUUUUAACAUUAUAAUUAUAUAAGAACUUAAUAAUAAAAAAAAACAAUGAUAUCAAAGCGACUGCUACAUAUAGCGCAAUUAAGCGCAGUAGGCUUAGCUGGUUAUUUUGUAGGAUAUAGAGAGAAAAAUAAAAAUGACGAAUCUAGAAAUGUAAAUGGAAAAACAUUACGAAGUUUACCUGCAUUACCAAUAUUUGGCACUGUAUCUGCUGCAGUACCGUAUACAGAAGGAGGUGGAGCGAAAGAUAGGAUAUCAGAAAUAAUGAAAUAUGGGUUCCCGGGUCUCGACAAUGUUCGCUCGUAUGACGACUUCGUGCUAUCCUACGAUCGACGCACACGGGUGCCUCACUGGGUUUUUGAGCACAUCACAAAGGAUCAUAUAACCAAGAAUGAUGCAGUGGACAGGAGUAAAUGUGACUUCAAGCCAGAUGAAAGCAUACAUCCAUUCUUUAGAUCUCAGAACAGUGACUACAAAGGUUCAGGUUUUGACCGUGGUCACAUGGCUGCAGCCGGCAACCAUCGUCUGGCACAGAGGCAUGUCGAUCAGACAUUCUUCUUGACUAAUAUGGCUCCACAGGUAGGUCAAGGGUUCAAUAGAGAUUCAUGGAAUAGGCUGGAAAAACAUGUACGGAAGCUGACAAAAGUGUAUGAUAAUGUUUAUUGCUGUACAGGUCCACUCUACUUACCCAGGAAAGAAGCAGAUGGCAAAACAUAUGUGAAAUAUCAAGUGAUCGGUGCAAACACAGUAGCAGUUCCUACACAUUUCUACAAAGUUGUUGUGUGUGAGGCACCAGAUGGCAGUUUGCAUAUGGAGUCCUAUGUUAUGCCCAACCAGAGGCUACCCGACGAGACUCCUGUAUCAUCAUAUAUGGUACCGCCCGAGACAAUAGAAAAAGCGGCUGGGCUUUUAUUCUUUGACAAAAUACAUAGAAGUAAAUUGACAACAAUUAACGGGAAAAAAGUGUAAAUUUUAAAGACAUUGUGCAAUAUUUACCAGUGAUAAUAGUGUAAAUAGAUUUAUAAUAAAUGAUUAACUUAAUUACAAUUAAUUUAUACUGAAUUUUGUUCCUUAAUACAUA